AUGAAGGCUGCUAUUGCGUUGGUAUUUCCAGACGCGCUUCAUAGAUAUUGUUUAUGGCAUAUAAUGCGAAAACUGCCUAAGAAAUUGGGAUCUCACGCUACCUUCAAUGCAGGGUUGAAGACUGUCAUCCAAAGUGCCCUAUAUGAUUCACAGACAUGUGAUGAGUUUGAGGAGAAGUGGGGGCAACUUAUUCAGAAAUAUGAGCUAGGUGAAAAUGCACGGCUGCAAGGGUUGUGUAACGAGAGGUCGUUCUGGGUACCGGUAUACCUUAAAGGUGAUUUUUGGGCUGGCAUGAGCACAACACAACGUUCUGAAAGCAUGAAUGCUUUCUUUGAUAGGUUUGUGCAUUCUUGUACGACGUUGAAAGAAUUCGUUGAUCAAUUUGACAAUGUGCUUAGGAAGAAGGUGGAGGUCGAGACGACAGCUGAUUUCAAUUCCUCCAACCAAACCAUCCCAUGUUCAUUUGCAUUCCGGAUUGAAAAGCAGUUUCAAGCGGUAUAUACGAAUGCGAAAUUUAAAGAGGUUCAAAGAGAGGUCUGGAGAAUGAUUUUAUGUAACUGUAAACUAAUCAGUAAAGAGGGUUGCAUUUCCAUCUACGAUGUUUUAGAUGAAAUAACGACAGAUGAUGGCCAUGUCAAGAGCAUAAAGUACACAGUUUACUUUAACCAUGAGGAGAUUGAUCUGAAAUGCACAUGUGCAUUGUUUGAGAUGAGAGGGAUUGUCUGUAGGCAUGCAUUGAACGUUUGUCAGAUGAAUAAGAGUCAUGCACCACCAAAGAAGUACUUGUUGGAUCGAUGGAGAAAUGACUUAAAGAGGAGAUACACAAUGAGGUAUGAGUUUGUGGUGAAACGAUGUGUGAAAUUAGCUACUCGUGUAUCAUCGAGUGACGUCCAUGUUAUUGCAUUCAUGCGCCACUUGGAUGAGUUUGAGAAUCAAUUUAAAGGAUUAAUACUUGAGUCCAGUUCAACGAAGGUAACAGAGACUGUGGUCACGGACAAGGGAAAGAAAAUAUUAAGCCUACACGUUGUCAGAGGGAAAGGGAGGCCGCCAACAAAAAGGAAGGUCCCACCUAUUGAGAAGGUUGCAACCAUGCGAAAGAAGAAACAGGAACAGAUACCCAGUACAGCUAAGGAUGAUUUUGUGGCUCUAACUCAGUGCAGUACUUUCACACAACCAAUGCCAUCGGGCAAAGAGUUGCUGUUGUGA